AUGCAGGAGAAUGGUUACAGCAUGCCGUAUGGCGGUCUUGUGGACUACCUGGCUAGACUGGUUUUCUUCUGUACGCUUCUAUUAAAUACAGUGGACGUUGUGGUAGCAGACCAGAAUGAGUACCGCCUGGUUCGAGAUUUACUCAAGGGUUACGACAAACGAAUACGCCCUUCUCUCAACGCCAGCCACUCGCUGAACGUAACCUUUGGCGUGGCACUGGCGCAGAUCAUCGACGUGGAUGAAAAGAAUCAGAUAAUCACCACCAACUGCUGGCUGAACCAGAUAUGGAUGGAUUAUGGGCUACGAUGGGAUCCAAAGAAAUACGGCGGAAUUAAAGUCAUCCGCCUUCCUCACACUUCUAUCUGGAAACCUGACAUACUUCUCUAUAAUAAUGCCGACGUGUCGUCGUAUUUUUCUUCCAUCAGCACCAAUAUCAUCGUCACCAACGACGGCAACAUCACGUGGCUCUCCAUGACGAUCUUCAAGAGCUCGUGCGCCAUCAACGUUCGGUACUUUCCGUUUGACGAACAGAACUGCACGCUGAUGUUCGCCUCGUGGACGUACGACGGGUACCAAGUGAACCUGAUCAUGACUACCGGGGACGGUGACGACUCAAACUACAUCCCCAACAGCGAGUGGAACCUGCUGCGCCUGCGCGUUGUGCGCACAGUGAGGUUUUACUCGUGCUGUGCUGAGCCGUACCCGGAUAUUUCGUAUGUGAUAAAUAUGCAGAGGAGACCUUUGUUUUAUAUUUUCAACAUGAUCAUACCGUGUAUUCUCAUAACGUUGGUGGCCCUGCUGGGCUUCUAUAUUCCGUCAGAUUCCGGAGAGAAGGUUACCAUGGGGAUCACGACGCUUCUGUCAAUGACUGUAUUCAUGAUGCUGGUUACGGAGAGUAUGCCGCCAACAUCGGAUGUCUUACCUUUGAUUGGUAUCUACUAUGGAACAACAAUAUUCAUAGUGUCGUCUGCUACAGGGAUGACUGUGUUGACCUUGAAUAUCCACCACAAGGGCACACGAGGAAAAGGAGUUCCCUCAGCUAUCAAGAAGUUUGCCUUUGGCUAUCUGGCGAAAGUCUUCUGCAUCACCAUCACCAGUCCAGAGAGUAGCUACAACACAACGUUUAUCCCAGAAUGCAAUGGUCCUUCAGGAAAUAGCUCCUACAUCCGAUACAAAAUGGCCUCCCAGACGGAAGUUGAAAUGGGCACCACCAAGACAGCAGAAUUCAAGACGGUCUCAGAGAAAGUAACACGGAUCCAUGAUACGAAAUUGGAGGCUGACACCCGACAAAACAAUGGUGGGAUUAAUUUCGUCAGGUUUCAGAAUUCGGAAGGGACUUCUGCUCCGAUAAUGGAAAACUUUGAAGCUCAGUUCACUCGGCUUCUACAGAAAGUAUACCAGACAAUAGAACGAAACGAAAUGCGGCUCGCAGAUCAAGACAAGCGCGACGCCAUUAAAGUGGAAUGGCAGCAAGUGGCACAGAUCGUCGACCGCGUUCUCCUCAUUCUCUUCGUUAUCGCCACCAUCGUCAUCACAGGAAUAGUCUUGCUGCAAGCACCGAACGCGUACGGCAGAUUAUUUGGAAUCCGAGUCCAUGCUAUCAUACUUCCACUUGUCUACGUCAUCUUGAGUUCAGCUUCUAGAAGAGAGGGUUCCGAGAGCGGAGUCACCCACGUGGUCGCAUUACUGUGA